AACCAAUUAUUAUUAUUAUUAUUAUUAUUAUUUUUUUUUUUUUUUUUAAAGAAACAACACACUCAACGCUGAUUUGUGUGAGUGGUCAUGUGGUCAUUGUUGAUUGUAUUGAGUGCUUUUAGCAGUUCCAGAUAAAGCUCUAUUAUCAUACGGCACUGACACAGCACAUCGGCCAUACAAACGUGAAGUUGACCCGCACGUUCCCCGUCAUGCGGCACACGGGUCCCGGCAUUGCUGGACGUUGCUCCAAGUGGAGGGCGGUAAUGGUUCACACGGUGAGGACUGCGAGUCUGCUGUGCGCGGUGGGGCUGUGUGCGUUGAACGCGGCUUUUUCCAUGAAGAUCUGCGCUUUUAACAUUCAGAGCUUUGGAGAAUCCAAGGCGAGCAACAAGAAAGUUAUGGGGAUUCUACUGAAGGUACACGUUAUCAGCGCAAUGUCAUCACAAAACUGGACAGUUGAUUUUGGUCUGACUUUCCUUUGCAAGAUUCUUUCCCGAUGCGACUUGUGUCUCAUUCAGGAGGUCCGCGACUCUAAAGGACGAGCAAUACAAGCCUUGGUGAAAGAUCUUAACAGGUUUGACAAAUCCAACACGUAUUCCUACAUAGAAAGUGAGAGGCUUGGAAGGAAAACCUACAAGGAACAGUAUGUCUACGUUUACAGAAACAACGUGCUGAAGGUGAAGGAGCAGUAUCAAUAUCCGAAACCCGAGGUGCAGGGGACCAAUGACACAGAUGUCUUCUCCAGAGAACCGUUCAUCGUUCGCUUUCACUCCCCUACCACACUGAUGAAGGAUCUCAUCCUCAUUGGCCAGCACACCAGCCCCAAAAGUGCCAUGAAGGAGAUGGACGAGCUGUAUAUUGUGUUCAGGGAGAUCUGCAGGAAGUGGAAGACAGAGGUGCUCUUUUGGAAAAUUCCUAACCCGACACGGUACACGACCUCCUGUUUGGUGUCUCUCCGCCAUACGCUCGAUGAAGAAACGGGGACUUGUGUCGUGUGCAACCAGAACGUGAUGAUCUUGGGCGACCUGAACGCCGCCUGCGGCUACGUCACCGUCAAGGGUUGGCGAGCCGUUCGCCUGAGAAGCGACCGGAAAUUUCGGUGGCUGAUCGGAGACGAGCAGGACACGACCGUCCGGGAGAAGACGCGCUGCGCGUACGACAGGAUCAUCGUCCACGGACGUGAGAUUAUUGCCACCGUAGUGCCCGGCUCUGCUCAGCCGUUCAACUUUAAAGAGACUUUCCAUCUGACAGAAGAUGAGGCCCUGGCGGUGAGCGACCAUUUCCCCGUCGAGGUCGACCUGAAGCCAAACCACCGUUAUCUCCUGCGAAGUGAGCUGUAGACCGAGAGGCUAGUUCCAAUCAGCUGUACUUUUAUUUUUAUUUUAUUUUUUUAGCUUUUUAAGGGAUUAAAAAAAUAAAAUUAGAAUGUGCCGUUUUAUUGACCGUAUAUUAUUGCUUUUGCUCGUCCGCCAAUUAAACAUGAGUGGUUGCUCACGCACCACCAAGCAGGUAUCAUAACACUUCUUUUCUCCAUUCCUGCGGCACAACACUGAAAUGAAAAUAUUGCAAAACUUGAAGUGUCUUUGAUCAUGUAUUGAUCCUCUCCACUUCCAAAUGCAGGCUACGUAAAAUGUAUUCAUUAUACAGUGGAACCCCUGAAUGCGAAUACCCUGAAUGUCGUAUUAUUUAGAAUUGGUACCAAAUGUCUAUCAUCUAUCUAUCUAUCUAUCUAUGAAGUAAUGACGUAUUUUAUGGUGUACCGUUUAUGGCUGAGCUGAACAAAAUAAAUUAUGUUGUUUUUUUGUUUGUUUUUAACAAUUACAUUAUAAAAUCAAAGGUUCAUUUUUCAAAAAUGUUAGUGCUCGCCGAUUCUGGAAUGGUCUGCAUAUGCUAUAAAAAAAAUAUAAUGAGGAAGUAUCGCUCGGUUGUCCCAGAAGUACCCG